AUGGAAGAGGUAGAAUUGCAAGAUAUCAAGAAACCAGAAGAUAAUAUUAUUGAUGAAGGCUCAAAUAUAGAAAUAAACAGCAAUAGUAAUAAUACAAAUAACAAUGAUAAAAUUACAACAACAAAUAAUAAUGAUGAAAACAAAAGCAUAUUAAAUUUAAUUAAAGAAUAUUUUAUUGAUUAUUUUAAAAAAUGGAAGGGCUAUGAAAAAGCACCAAAAAGAGCAGAUUUCGAAGAAAUUGGAUGGAGUUGGUUAUCUUCAUUUAUUGGUAUACUAGUUUUAGCUUUACUUCAUUACAGAGUAGCAAUAGAUAAAGAUAUGUUAAUGCUAAUAGGUUCAUUUGGUGCUUCUGCUGUACUGGUUUUCGGUGCACCUAAAGGGCCCUUAUCCCAACCCCGUAAUUUAGUAGGAGGCCAUAUAGUAUCUUCAAUAGUAGGCGUCACCCUAAGAUUAGCGUUGGUAUAUACUAAUGCUAAUAUCGAAGUUGCAUGUGCACUAUCAGUAAGUUUGGCGAUUGUAGUAAUGCAUUUAACCACAACAUUACACCCACCUGGUGGUGCAACUUCGUUAAUUGCUAUUAUUUCUUCUGAACAACGUUGGAGGGGUUAUUAUUACUGUUUGGUACCUGUUGCUUCGGGCUCUCUUAUAAUGCUACUUGUUGCCAUAGUGGUAAAUAACUUUGCAAGAAAAAGAAGAUACCCUGUAUUUUGGUAA